UGGAAAAAAAAAAUAUAUGUGUGCAAUUCUAAACAAGUCUAAUGAAUCCAUCCACGCUAUCAGUGAUAUCAAUCUUCAUAUUGUUAAUUUCUUGAACCAUAUGCAGGCAGAUGGGCAUCUUGCUUAUAAAUCAAUAUCUGGGAAGUAUCUAAGUCUUGCAGGUACUCACAGAUUCAUGGAUUGUGGAAAUCUCUGAUUGAUGGAUUGGUGCUCAAAUAUAUAAAUCCGUAAUUUUGGAUGGAUAUAGAAAGGUAAUAAAUUAACUCUGAUGUUCUCAGUAUUCAUCAGGUUAUUCAUCUAUGAAUGUUGACUGCUGCAAAAUUCUACUUCGCAAUUUCUUUCCAAAUAGAGCCUAUGUAGACUAAUAAAAGAAAUACUAUAUGAUCUCUAGCCAGCCAAAUCCAAUUUCUCAUAAUUAGAUCAAUGGAGUGGCACCUUUCUUUCUUCUUGGUCUUUUGCUUUUCUUUUGUCUUUUCAUUUGCUUGCGAUACCAUAACUCCAACACAAUCCAUCAGCGAUGGCCAGACGAUAGUUUCUUCAUUCCAAAGCUUUGAGCUAGGUUUCUUCUCUCCUGGAAAAUCCCAGAACAGAUAUCUUGGAAUAUGGUUCAAAAGGAGCCCUGAGUCAGUUGUGUGGGUUGCAAAUAGAAACAAUCCAAUCAUUGAUUCCACUGGAGUUCUAUCCAUCAGCAAAGAUGGAAAUCUUGUUCUCCUCAACCAAAUUCAGAGUAUUAUCUGGUCGUCAAAUAUAUCUGGUGUAGCAGAAGAUCCAGUGGCACAGCUCUUAGAUAUUGGUAACCUUGUCCUCAGGAACAAUAUCAGUGUAAAUUCAGGAAGCUAUUUGUGGCAGAGCUUUGAUUACCCUUCAGAUACAAUGUUAGCAGGCAUGAAGCUGGGUUGGAACUUAACGACUGGUCAACAGCUAUACCUGACAUCAUGGAAAAGUACUGAUGAUCCAUCCCCAGGAAACUUUACUUACAAUCUUGACAUUCUUGGGUUGCCUCAAUUGGUUAUUUAUAAAGGUUCCAUGAAAUGGUCUCGGACAGGACCAUUGAAUGGAAUUUAUGUUGGUGCCACUCCUAAUGUGGCCAACAUGGUUUUUAACCCAAUCAUGGUGUUUAAUCCGGAUGAAAUGUAUUACAUGUAUAGGCCUGUCAGUGAUAAUAUUGUUAUGCUGUUAAAACUGAAUCAAUCUGGUUCACUGGAACUUCUGAUAUGGAAUAACAACACUGCAGAAUGGAAAGUUUUAUACUCGAUGCCAUAUGAUACAUGUGACAUCUAUGGGCGGUGUGGUGGUAAUGCUAUUUGCAGUGUCAGCAAGUCACCUAUUUGCAAUUGCUUGACAGGUUUCGUUCCUAAAUCGCAGAAAGAGUGGGGGUCCCUUAAUUGGACUAGUGGGUGUGCCAGGAGUGCGCCAAUAGAUUGCCAAAGUGGAGAGUUUCUUAUGCUUGCAGGAGUCAGGGUACCUGACUUGUUGGAGUACUCAUUGAAUGAGAGUUUAAGCCUUCACGAAUGUAAGGCAGAGUGCUCUAAGAACUGCUCUUGUACUGCUUAUGCUAAUUCAAAUGCAAGUAAGAGCAGUGGCUGCUUGAUGUGGUUCGAUGAUCUGGUCGAUAUCAGAUUGGUUGCUGAAGUAUACAGCGGAGAAGCUAUCUAUAUCCGAAUGCCGCCUUCAAAUACAGGAAAAUCUGAAGAAGAAAAAUGUCCUCGUGUUUAUUGUUUUAGGAUCAAGACCAAAGAUCGUUAUAGUGGUUUCGACCACAGUGGGACUGUUUUUGUUGAGCUUGGUGUUAUUUUGCAUAAUUUGGAAGAAGAGUGCAAAUCCAGGAAAGCACAAACGAGGACAUUAGAAAUACCUUUAUUCGAUUUGGCUACAAUUGCUGCUGCUACUGACAAUUUCUCUCUAGCAAAUCUUAUUGGUGAGGGUGGCUUUGGUCCUGUUUACAAGGGAAAUCUUUCAACAGGAGAAGAAGUAGCAGUGAAGAGGCUGUCAAAGAAUUCAGGACAAGGCAGAGAACAGUUCAUGAAUGAAAUAGAUUUACUAGCUAAACUUCGGCACAGGAAUCUUGUGGAGAUUUUAGGAUGUUGUGUUCAGGGAGAAGAAAAGAUGUUAAUCUAUGAGUACAUGUCCAACAAAAGCUUAGACUAUUUUAUCUUUGAUCAUCAAAGAAGGGCAUUACUGAGAUGGGAGAAGCGCUUUGACGUUGUUUUAGGGAUUGCUAGAGGACUUCUUUACCUCCACCAAGACUCUAAGCUUAAAAUCAUUCAUCGGGAUCUCAAAACAAGCAAUAUUUUACUAAACAGCGACUUGAAUCCUAAAAUUUCAGACUUUGGCUUGGCAAGAAUAUUGGGAGGUGACAACAAAAAGGCAACAACACAGGGAGUUGUUGGAACAUAUGGCUACAUGUCUCCUGAAUAUGCAUUUGAAGGGACAAUCUCAGUGAAAUCAGAUGUUUUCAGCUUAGGUGUGCUGAUGUUAGAGAUAGUAAGUGGCAAAAAGAAUAAGGGAUUCCAUCACACAGAUCACCACCACAAUCUUCUAGGACAUGCAUGGGUGCUGUGGAAUGAAGGCAAGGCCUUGGAACUAAUGGACGAAUGUUUGAGGGAUUCAUGUGUUACAUGGCAAGUGCAGAGAUGCAUUCAAGUGGGUUUACUCUGUGUUCAAAACUUCCCAGAAGACAGGCCAGCAAUGUCUUCUGUAGUUUUCAUGUUUGCUAAUGAGGCAGCUAUUCUGCCACAGCCCAAACAGCCUGGUUUCUUCACCAGUCAAAACACCUCCCAUGAGAAUAUGAAUGGAACACCUGUGGAAGAAUCCCAUACAGAAAAUGAUUUAACUAUAACCAGUCUAGAUGGUAGGUAAUGAACAACAUAUGCACUUUAUAAAUUAUCGUGAAAAAUUACUUAACCUAUGUAAUAUGUGAAACUAUUGUGGAUCCUACAUAAUUUUUAUUGGUCAGAUGUAUUAAAGGUUUGUUUGGCAAAA